AUGCUGAAAACAAGCAAACCAACAAACAGGGCUGUGAAUGAGUGGUUGAAAAAUCUGGAAGAUUUGGCUUAUGAUCUGGAUGACUUAGUGGAUGAGUUGAACACUGAAGCUUCCCUACACAAAAUAAGGGAAAAUCAUGAAGCCAACAGGCCAAGCACAAGUAUGGUACAGAAGCUUAUUCCCUCUUGUUGUAUUAAUUUAUCUUUCCAUGAUUUUAUGUCUGAACGUGGGAUGGCUUCCAAGUUGAAAGAAAUUAGUGGUCGAUUGGAAGAUUUAUUCAAACAGAUUAGUAUACUCAGUUUGGUCGAGAAUGUGAGGGGAAGGCCUUACAGAACGACAGAAAGAUUGGAUCUGACUUCAGUUGUUGAAGAAUCUGAA